AUGCUAGUGAAACAUAGUAUCCACACAAAAGCAACAGCGGCAACGCAAUCCAUAUAUAAAUUUUACGAUCUAGCAUCACGUUCCAGAUCCAUAAAACAACAAAGCCCCAGCUCCAAUUCCACUCCUCCAUCUCCUAAUAACAAUAUCAGUAGUAGUGAUAAUGCUACCACCAAACCACCAGUCAAAUCCGCCACUUCGGGGUUUGUUUUUGAAGGUAAUGCCUCAGAUACCCCUUCAAACAAUAUCAUGAACAUCUUUGGUGGGCGUCUUGCCGGAGAAAAAGCCGUUAAAUCAUCGAGUCGGUACUCUAAUGUCGAAACCACUUCCAAACCUUUCCAUAUUGCAGGCGUCCCAAUCCCUUCUCCACCGACUGAGCCUGAUAAUUGUUGUAUGAGUGGAUGCAUCAAUUGUGUAUGGGAGUUGUAUAAUGAUGAUAUGAAGAACUACAACCACCAGCGGAAAUUGGCGGCAGAGAAAUUGAAGCAACAAGGAGGAGUAUGGCCAGCAAAAUACGAUCCUCCGGUGAAAUGGCUAGCUCCAGAGAAUUUACCCGAGGAAGUCAAAGGGAAGCCGAUGAAUCAAGAAACCAAAAGAUGGGAAAGUGUUAGCAUGAGUGUAUUUGCGGAUUUUGAAAAAAAUUUGAAAAAAAAAGGUCAAGAGUCACAUCAAUAG